AUGGCUAGCUCAGCACAAUACAGCCGACGCUUACCAGAAACAACUGAGGCUUGGAUCCUUGGAAGUGGAACUGCAUCUCUAGCAUCAGCAGUUUACCUGAUAAAGAAUGCUCAUUUACGCCCUUCUGCUGUGCACGUCCUCGAUGAACACCUGUCCUUGCAGCAAACAUUACAUCAUCAAGGUACUACGCAUGCAGGAUAUGAUCAGUUCGCAGGGUGUCUCCCUGCUCCCGCUGGAUCGGGGUUGACAGAGCUUCUCGAUAUGAUUCCAUCCGCAGUGACAGAAGGUCGCUCUUAUCUGCAUGACCUUCGAGCAGCGGAGGAACAAAAUGCCAUGAACAGAAACGGGGGUACCUGUUUUAUCGCUCAAAAUAAAGGGGCUUUCAGACACCUGCCCACGGAGUCGCUGAAUACAGGGUGGAGCCACAGAAUACAUUUGAUGCAUCUUCUUAUAAAAGGAGAGAAAACCCUGCAAAAGAGGGAGAUCCGUCAUUUUUUCCGAGAGAGCUUCUUUAGGAGUACAUUUUGGACGAUAUGGUCGACACAGUGCGUAAUUGCACGACCCAACGCAUUGAUUCCCUGGUUUAACUUCGGGCAAGGUUCGGUUUUCAGCCCUGGCACAGCGCUGCAGAAUUCAGGCGUGCUCUUAGGCAUUUUGAGCUGUCUGGAUCUCACAGGCUAUUAUCAAUACGAGUCGAUACAUCUCCCUAUAUAUUUCUUUCUCCGGAGUCAGGGCGUGGAUUUUCAGUUCAAUAUCAAAAUACGAAAUGUCAAAACGACAGUCAACCAAAAUCGUCGUACAAUCAGUCGGCUCGCCGUUUCUCAGAACGGACUUGAUUUCGAAAAUGUGAUAGGACCUAGCGACAUCGUCAUUGCUAUACCGGGAUCGACUGUGUCGGGAUCUGAAAUUGGAACAAAUGAUCUCCCGCCAGCUUGUCAUUCAAUUGAAGCAGGAGAUCACCUCGACGCAAACUGGGCACUAUGGCUAGAAGCUGGGAACAAAUACUCCGAUCAUGGCAACCCUUAUACUUUCUGCACACGCAAAUCCGAAUCCAUGUUGGAAUCCUUCACUGUCACAACCGAGCACAUUGGAUUUGUCGAAUAUCUUCAAUCUCUGUCACGAUGCACAUCUCAGGCUGGUGCAAUUAUUCUUACCCUUGAGGCUUUGCCUCCCUGUCCAGCCUGUUCGCAAGACGUCUGCGUCCUCUGGGGCUUUGCGCUCUUUCCCGAAAACGAAGGCGAGCAUGUCAAAAAGAACGUGCUUGUUUGUUCGGGUGCCGAAAUCAUGUCUGAGAUCUUAUAUUAUCUGAAUCCCCCUGGCGAGAUGGCCACAGAAGCUUCAGCGUUCUAUUACCAUACCACGCGUGAUGCCGAGGAUGAGCUCAGCAUUAUUGACUAG